AUGUCCUCUAUUCAAGUGUCAUCCAUUCCUUCUGUUGAUUUUUUUGAAAAAUUGGUCAUUUUAGGUGAUUCCAUUACACAGUAUGGAUUUACACACGGAGGAAUUUGCGCAGAGUUGGCGAAUUUCUACCAGAGACGACUUAUCGUCGAAGCAUGGGGAUUAUCAGGAUACACCUCUAGAAAUUUUCUAAGAUUCUUCUCAAAGCUCCCAAUUGACAUCGACCACACUCGAAUCGUCGUAAUCUAUUUGGGUACCAAUGAUAGUCAAAUUGUGAAUGGAAAAUGUAUUUGUCCAAUUGAGGAAUACAAGGAGAAUAUUAAAGAACUAGCAAGGAAGUUUCCAAAAACCUCAAAGAAGAUAUUUGUUUCACCGGCAGCAACUCUAAAAACGCUUCGCUAUGAGCGAGAUCAAAAACCAUAUGAGGACGCUACAUGUGAAGCAGCUGUGGAAAUGAAUCUUGAAUUGGGAAAUACUACUUGGAUUAAUUUGUACAGUAUUACAAACUUCAGCCUAGUUCCUGAGCUUUUGUUCAACGAUGGCGUCCAUCUCUCAGCCAUGGGAUACAAUGUUCUUUUCCAACAAAUUAUUUCUCGAAUUAAACUUUUUUGGCCAGAGCUCUUACCAAAAAAUCUUCCUAUGCAACUACCCCACUAUAGUGAAAUUAUGUUCUCCUAA